UCGGCUGGUAAAUCCAGCCAUCCACUCUCAUUCUUUAAGUGCACCUCAGACAGCCUAGAAAAGAGCAGAGCAGUAAAAGCUGCUACUCAUCCUCUUUAAUCAACAACCUGAAUCAGUGAAAUCACCAGACUGCUCAGCUCUACUGGAAGAUCUGCAUGACAAGACUAAACCAGAAGGAGAUUCUACAACUCUGAAAAAAAUAUUGCAUUAUUUUUUCUCUUAGUUCUUAUUACAAACCAGAAAGAAAAAGGAUUACUCUUGGAUACUUUCCCCCCACACUUAAUAGCUCCUUAACCUAAAAAAACAUGGCUGGACAGAACAGGCAGGUGUGUGUGGCCAGGGCUCUGACGUUGUUACUGGGACUGUUAUUCAUCAGUUUAGCCACCUUGGCAGAGGAGUACGACUAUUACAGCUGGCAGUCAGACAACUUCCACAACGGCCGCUUCUAUGCCAAGCAGCCCCAGUGUGUGGACAUCCCAGCCGAGCUGCGCCUCUGCUACACCGUGGGCUACAAGAAGAUGAGGCUGCCCAACCUGUUGGACCAUGAGACCAUGCCUGAAGUGAUGCAGCAGGCUGGCAGCUGGGUGCCCCUCCUGGCCAAACGCUGCCAUGCUGAUACGCAGGUGUUUCUCUGCUCACUCUUUGCUCCCGUCUGCCUGGACCGGCCCAUUUACCCCUGCCGCUCUCUGUGUGAGGCCGUCAGAAACAGCUGUGCUCCCGUCAUGGAGACGUAUGGCUUUCCAUGGCCCGAGAUGCUCCAGUGUGACAAGUUUCCCAUUGAUAAUGAUCUAUGCAUACCCAUGCAGUUCUCUGGGAACCAUGCCACCCAGACACCAGUGCCUCAUUGUCACCCAGAUGCAUGUCCACCCUGUGACAAUGAACUGAAAGCUGAAACUAUAAUGGAGCACUACUGUGCAAGUGAUUUUGCACUUAAAAUGAAGAUCAAAGAGGUGAAAAAAGAGAAGGGUGACCGCAAACUUAUUGCCGCACAGAAGAAGAAGAAGGUUCUAAAGAUGGGCAUCCUGCGCAAGAAAGACCUAAAGAAGCUGACGCUGUACAUAAAAAAUGGAGCAAACUGCCCCUGUUCCCAGCUCGACAACCUCGGGAGCAGCUUCCUCAUCAUGGGCCGCAAGGUCGACCAGCAGCUCUUGCUUAUGUCUAUCCACAAAUGGGAGAAGAAAAGCAAGGAACUUAAGUUUGCCCUUAAAUACAUGAAGUCUCAUCAGUGCCCGACAUACCAGAGUGUCUUCCAGUAAACAAGAACUACGAUUAUACUCUGCUCGCUCAAAGCCUUCCAGUCCUCCACAAAUAUAGCAUACAUAUUCUUAUUCAGCCGUGGCCUUUGGGAAGCAUUCAUUUGCUAAUGGUUUAAUACUUCAUAUUACUACAAUCUUCAUAUUUUCUUCUAUAUAUACUGUACUUAUUUACAUUUCUUAGAGCAGAGGAUUGUGUAUUACUUCCAAAGAACAGUUCUAGGUGGAAUGCUAUAUUUUAUGUGGUAAAAUAAAAGUAAGAAUGAUUCCAGAGCCAUGUUAAGCUGCCAGACCGAGGAAAAUCAGUAAGUAAAUGUUUGAUUAAAAGCCGAACAUCACCGCUCAGGUGGCGCAGCGGUACAAAGUACGCCAGCACACCAGAGUUGGGGUUUUGAAUCGAAUACAUCGUAUCGAAUCUCAGCUCUGUCUUUCCGACUGGGCUGGGCGGCUGGAUGAACAACGAUUGGCUGUUGUUUACAGGGAUAAAAAGUCGGACCAUAGGUCCUCAUAACUGGUGCAACUGUGGCCCCUGAUGGCGCCUGCACAGGGCUGAGGAAUAAUGCUGAUGGGGGUGUGGCCCUCCGUACACAGUGCCCGUCGGUGUAUGAACUCGACUCGUGCGGGUGAAAAAUGCAGUCUGUACUGACUGUACGUGCCGGAGGGGGUGUCCUCAGUCAGCAGUGAAGGGUUGAAUCAGUAUAGAGGACAUAAUCAGGGUAAUUGGACACGACUAGAUUAGGGGAGAAAAAUUGGGGGUUAGAAAGAAGAAAAAAAAAACGGCUGAACAUCCAGUUUAAAAAUAUACUGACAAUUGGACUAUUUUUGUAGACAUGAAUAAUUCUACACCAUGUAUGAUGUUGAAAAGAUGAUUGUUCUGGAAGGCUGUCUAGAAUGCAGAACCACGUGAAAUACGGUUCAAAUUGAGAUGGAGGACUUUGUUGAAGCUACAGAUGAUUGAUGGUCAGUGGGACUAUAAGCAGCAGCUAGAUUACUUUCCUGUUUUAGGAAAGUGUCAUAAAUCAGCCAGCUGGAUGGCAAAUUUUGGACAAAAACUAGCAGUUGGGUUGGUGAUUAUGCUGGUUUCCUUUUAUUGAUUUUAUUUUUAUUUUUUAUAUUUACUUAUCAGUAUCAGUUGCUUCAAAUAUUCAUUCUUCUAUGGUAUGACAAAAAAUCAGAUGGGCAUAUCAUCUAAAUUCACU